AUGGACCCAGCCGAGGUGCCCGACCAGUCGGAGCCGCGCCGACGCGCCGCGCGCGCGACCACCAGCCAGCUUUUCGGCGGGGCCGAGUGGCUGAUCGCGGCGCCGCUCAUCGCUGCUUUUGUGCGCCUGGUCCUCAGAGGGCGCCUGCGGCUCUCGCUCGUCGCGUGA